UAUGACACGCAGUGAGAGAGCGAUCGAUAGCUGAUGAGACCGUUGUCGGAAUUUGAUAAGUUUUGAGCUCCAUCUUUCGAUUAACAAAACUGUCUUGAGUGAGAUCAUCUACGUGUAGAGACCUUAGCAAAACAGAAAGAGAAACAGGAGGAAAGAGGGAUGAAGAGAAGGGCGAGAAGAAGGCGAAGCAUCUCUUAGGUGGGGGUUGGUCGAGUGAAAGAGGGAGGCUCUUCUCGAGGGAGGAAGGGCGAGUUGUGGGUUGAGUGUGGUAAUUCGAAAAAUAAGUCUCCGCGGGCGACAAGCACACUUGACCGAAGCACACUCGAAUCGGAAGGGUCGAGCACUCGGGAAUAACAAUUAAUAACGCCAGUCGGCCUACCAACGAUCUCUCUGGCUGCUCGAGAGUCUCCAGGGAUUAUGUGAACACGGAAGGCGACUAGCAUUCGUUGGCUGAUCCUCCAUUCUAACGUGUCGAUCAAACGAGAAUGACAGCAUCCUGCGUGAUUGAGAAAAUUCGACGUGUGAUCUUUCGAUUUUUUUCGACAAGUUUGCAAAAGUGAAAGAAGUCAAAGUUUUUUGUGAAGUAAAAACAAGGUAGUGAAUUUGCACGAUGACAAUUAGUAAGAUGUGACGAGACGAGUUUCCUGGAGUGUGUAGGUAAUCAAUGAUGGUUGUAAUUAUGAAGAAAAUUAAAGAAGAGAAAAUUUGAAGAGGAUAUCGAGUGCAUAGAAAGACCUAUUUUAAGACAGCUUUUGUUGUGAUCGUCGUGAGAAAAAAAACAAUAGCGAAGCAUAGAGUGAUGGAGGACGAGAAACAUAGCGAAGCUUCGCCGAAACCCCUUCAACCAACCCCCUUUAGUAUCGCUGAUAUCCUGAGUCGAAAAAAUUCUGGCGUGGAUUCGAGAAGAUGUGAUUUGGAGAAAAUCCAGGCCACCGUUUCCGUGCCGAUGAGAAGACACAAUCGUGAAUAUGAACGCGUGGAGAACGAGCAGUUUGACGGAAGUUACGAUCACGAUCAGGUGAUUCAUUAUCAAAGAUUGCCCACCCCAGAGCUGAAUAUGGCACAUGAGCUAGAUAUCUUGAGGAGGAACUUGGCGCAGGCAAAUUUAUCAAAUUUUGAAGGCCUCCCGCACUUGACCCAAGGAACUUUUAAGAAUCACUUCGAAACUCUGGGAAACCUGACGGCAUAUCAAUCUGUUAAAGAACCGGAAACUUCUCAUAGACAGCAGGAUGAAGCCUUGGACAUGAGUAAAAAUAAAUAUCUAGACGAGGCGGAGGACGACGCGUACGAAUCGCAAAAUUCAGGUCAAAGUUUGCAGAACAGAAAAAAGCGCAGCAGGGCAGCAUUCUCGCACGCGCAAGUCUAUGAACUGGAAAGAAGAUUUGCUGCUCAAAAAUAUUUGUCCGGUCCAGAAAGGGCAGAUUUAGCGCGUGGCUUAAAAUUAACGGAAACGCAAGUCAAGAUCUGGUUUCAGAAUCGACGGUAUAAGACCAAGCGGCGCCAACAGCAGGAAUUAGCCCUCGUAAACUCUGGAAGCGCCAGGCGCGUGGCUGUACGCGUUCUAGUACAUCCGGACGAACAUUUGAGGGGAUUGCCUCUUCGUGGUUCCGGACAACUUCCCGGGCAAAUGUCGAGCCCACAGAUUCAUCCCGCGAACAAAGCGCUCAGUGGUUUCCCGUAUUAUUGUCUGCCAUAUCAUCCGCUACUCUGUCCACCCCUACAUGCCACUCAUGUUCAGGUACAAAGCCCGAUUACAUCCGAUUUCGAUCCAAACCAAAUCUCGAAAAUCAAGGAUGAGAAGUGAAUGAUAGACUACUUUCGAAGUAUCAACUAUUGUUCCACAUCUAAACAAAGAUGAUGGUACUUCAGGAAACAAUGUCAAAAUAUCAUUUAGAGAAUACUUUGAUGAUACCUUUUAAGUAGAUAUAUUAUGAGACGAAUGUUGAGAAAACUCUUUUCCGGAAAAUGAUUUUGUCCGAGAAAUAAAUUGAAGGACUUGAAAUGAAUUGCAGGCAACAAUGUGCUCAACUACAUAAAAACUGUAU